CCACUAAGUCUGAGUAUCAGUAAUGGCUCCGCCAUUAACAUUUGAAAGCCAAGCCUAUAAGCCUGUUCCGUUCCGAUCUCCACAGUCUACACUUUUGUUUCUUACUAACUCUUAUUUUCCUCCCCUCUCUGCGGACCAAUCCAUGAGUGUUCGCUAAUAAUUCUGCAGAAGAAGAUGGGUGCAGAGGCACAAAUUUCCCGAAGCUUAAUCAACAGAAUCUAUGCUCCAUUGGCUAAUGAAUUUCAUUUUGCAACUCCUCUCUCCUCCUUGCGAACAAAUGAACUUGACCUUGUGCGAGGUGUUUUACGAAUGCUGCAAGGGUUUUCCGGUUCUUUAUUCUCUUGGGAUAACAGUGGAAACCGUUUUCGUGCCAAGAGUGGAAUAUACGUUAGUCAUCUCUCCCAGAAUAGUCUCCACUCUCUUCUCAAUCAAUUUAUCCACGCAGCAACUUGUCUCCAAUUGGUAGAUAUUACACUCAAUAGAGUUGAAACUGCGGUGCCAAAACCUCCUCCAACUUUGAAGGCUUUUGCGUCCUCUGCUUCCGCGUGGCUUAAGCGUUUACGGAAUAUUGCGUUGAAGGAGGAAGUGUCCACGAGCAAUGCAGAUGGCAUAACCACUCCAACCUUGUUAGGAUUAGCUAAUUCUUUAUCGAGUCUCUGCUCAGGGGCUGGGUUCCUAUUGCGAAUAGUUCAUGAGGCCAUCCCUGCGGUAUACUUUGAGGUUGGUGCAUCUGUACCGGCGGCAGAACUGGCUGUUCAUGUGCUUGACUAUCUUCAUAAAAAGCUUGAUGAAAUGUGUCUUGUUGAAGGUGGUGAGGAGGAAGCUUAUCAGAUGGUGCUUUAUAUGUAUUUUGGAAGCUUAUUACCAUAUAUUGAGGGUCUUGAUUCCUGGCUUUUUGAAGGAAUUCUUAAUGAUCCUUCUGAAGAGAUGUUCUUUUUUACUAAUAAAGAAGUGUCAGUUGAUGAGGCUGAGUUCUGGGAGAGGAGUUAUUUAUUAAGAAUGCUACAGCAUGUUAAGUUUGAUUCAGAGUUCUCUUCCAUGAAUUAUGCCAGUGAUUCUGUGUCAGCAUCAAAUGACAAGAAGGAAAUGGACAGAAGGGAUUCCAUCCCUUUGUCAAGUACAACUAAAGGAAAAGAGCAGAACACUAGAGGCCAUCCAGCUUGUCCUUUUUUUAUUAAGGAUUUAGCUAAAUCAAUAGUCUCUGCUGGUAAAUCUUUGCAGUUAAUGUGUCAUGUCCCCAAUUCCUCAGCAGCAUGUAGCAAGGGAAGUAAUUGUGAGACUGGAAGUACCAAAUAUUUGAACGAUGGUUUAUAUCCUUCUCAGAGAUUGUCUGGGCUAACGUUGUCAGAAGUUUUUUCCGUAUCACUUGCUGGACUUGUUGGUCAUGGUGACCAUGUUUUUAAGUACUUUUGGCAAAAUGACUGGUACAAAUCUGUAUCUGUUUCUUCUGUUGUAUCUCAUGUAAAUGAGGAAAGCACAGAGAAUGACAAUAAUAAUAAAUCAUCUCCUCCACCUUACUCAGAGAAGACUUGGUAUAAGUUCUUGAUCGAUACAUUAUUUCUGAAAGGAUCAACUGAUUUGAAGCUAAAAUACAAAGGCAUAAACAGUGACACAAGAGACCUGAGAGGGGCCAGAGUUGUUCAAGAUGAAGUGAUUCUCUUGAGAUCAUAUGUAGAAAAUCCGGUUAUUACUGUAUGUCAAAUGAACCUUGGAAAGAAUGGGGAUGCCUUAAAAACAUUGAAUUUGUCUCAGAAAUUCUGCUUGCCUUCAUUAAAUGAUGAGGGUUUAAGAAAGGCAAUAUUUGGUGGAGAAAGUACAGCAUUUUCUGAUAGCGAGGGAACAAACUAUACUUUUGGCUUUCAGUUUGGUGAAUCUGAAUACCUUCGCUCACAGGAUGAGAGAAAUCUGUUAGGAAUGUUGUUUCCUUUUCCCACUAUUUUGCCUUUGUUUCAGAAUGAUCUUCCUGUGUCAGAGCUCUUGCCUUUUCAGAGGAACAGCAGUCUUCCUUCAAGAGUUCUUCGUUGGAUGCAAAAUGUUGACCUAAGAACUACUCCACUUCCACUAGUUAUUAUGCAGUACUGUCUAACUGUCUACAUUCAGAAACAGGUAGAAUAUAUUGGAGUGAAUAUGUUGUUAAAGUUGAUGAACGAAUGGAGGUUGAUGGAUGAGCUUGCAGUGUUGCGUGCUAUAUACUUGCUAGGUUCAGGUGAUUUGCUGCAACACUUUUUGACUGUAAUUUUCAACAAGUUGGAUAAGGGUGAAACAUGGGAUGAUGAUUUUGAAUUAAACACAAUAUUACAGGAAUCAAUCAGAAAUUCUGCUGAUUGUAUGCUGUUAAGUGCUCCUGAUUCAUUGGUAGUGUCAAUAACCAAAAGUCUUGUUGACAGUGAUGAGGAAGCUAGCACAUCUGGUGUUGUUUUGAGUACUCAUAAGAGUCAUAUCAGUAGCUUUGGAAUUAACGGCCUUGAUAUGCUCAAGUUCACGUAUAAGGUCCCUUGGCCCCUUGAACUCAUUGCAAAUACAGAGGCAAUUAAGAAGUACAACCAGGUGAUGCGGUUCUUAUUGAAGGUCAAGCGUGCAAAAUUUGUGUUAGAUAAAGUGCGGAGAUGGAUGUGGAAGGAUAGGGGAUCUAUUACAAACGACCGAAAGCAUCAUUGGUUAGUGGAGCAGAAACUCCUUCAUUUUGUGGAUGCUUUUCACCAAUAUGUGAUGGAUCGGGUAUAUCACAGUGCUUGGCGUGAACUAUGUGAAGGUAUGACUGCAGCUAAAUCACUGGAUGAAGUCAUUGAAGUCCAUGAAGCUUACAUUUUAUCAAUUCAGAGGCAGUGCUUUGUGGUUCCUGAUAAGCUGGGGGCUCUGAUUGCCAGCCGCAUUAACAGCAUCCUUGGAAUAGCUUUAGACUUUUAUAUCAUACAACAGACAUUAAGUAGUGGUGGAGCUGUUUCUGCAAUCAAGGCAAGGUGUGAGAUGGAAGUGGACCGGAUAGAAAAACAGUUUGAUGAGUGCAUUGCUUUCUUACUCAGGGUCUUAUCUUUCAAACUAAAUGUUGGGCACUUCCCUCAUUUGGCUGAUUUGGUGACCCGAAUUAACCACAACUAUUUCUACAUGUCCCCUAAUGGAAAUUUGAUGACUGCCUCCGGUUCUGGAAGUGUUACUUCAAGGAUGGGGAAGGCCCCUGGGUAGAUUGUUUGAUCGAAGGUGGAUUGUCAUAACUUUAAUCUGAAUAUGAGAAUAGUUCUGCACCUGCUUUCGUGUUGUACAGUUUUUUGAGAGUAUAUUCAUUUGCUUGAUCUUUUGGCUUAGUGAAGGAGGAAAGUUGAAGGCUGUUGUUACUGUGUUGCCAGUAACUGCAGGGCGGCAUGUGCUUACGGUUGCAAGAGUGCAUAGUAAGAUGUAAGUUGUAUUGGGUAUUGGUUAUAUGUCAGCUACAUUUGAUCAACUCAUUUUUUGUCUGCAUGUUAGUUUGUGCUGGAUUUUCUUUUGCUCUACUUUUUUUUUCCAUGUCCUACACAGUAUUAGCUGUACAUAGAUGGGCUUCAUGAAUUAAUUUAAAAUGGGUAAAUUACAUUCACACCUCCUAAGGUUUAACAGAAUUUUCUCUGAUACCCCUCCUUAUUUAUUUUUACAUAUAUGACCUAAUUUAUAUAAUUGUAUAAGAAAUCAGGGAUAGUUUAUGUAAUCUAGAAUGGUGUGUGAUGUUAUAUUAUUACAUAAAUUAAAUGAAACUUGUGUAAGGUGAAAAAAAUUAUCCGGUGAAAUUCUAUUAAACUUCAUGAGAUGUGUGUGUAAUUUAGUCAUUUUAAGUUGUA